CUACUCAACGAAGCUCAACAGCUCCAGCAAAACGAACCUCAAUUCGCCGGGAAACGCCGCCGGAUUUCGUCGUUGGCCGCCUCAAUCGAGAAACAACUAAUGGUUACUGAAAAUAACUCCAACCGGGUCGGGUUGAUCCUAUCCAGUACCAAUUCCAUUCGAGUUUUCCUUUCCGGAGCCUCCAACGAUCCCACUCUCUCCUCUCAACUCCGGCAAACUUCCUCCGAACUCCUCAUCCAAUCCGAAAUACCGUACGAGCCACUUCGUGCUGUCUGGAUCUCCUCUGAUCCAUCCACCAGACCCGAAUUGAUCAGACUCUUAUCCGGGACCGGCUUCGUCUUCUCAAGCCCUAAGCCCAGAGAAAAGAGUGAGGAAUUGAAAGCAAGGUUAAAAAAGUUGGAAGAUUUAGCUGAGAGGAAAGCAUAUAAGGAGCUUGUUAAGGAUAUUGCACCAAAGGAAGAUGUUCAAGAACCUUUCUCCUCUUACAAGGAUCAAUUAGGAUUCGGUAAAUUUUGUUCUUUUCUAUCUACUAUGAAUGAUCAUUUAGCAUAUCAAUCAAGUUUUCUGUCUAGUUAG